GAGACCAUCCUGCAAAGUUGAGCCUAAGACUGGCAAGAAACAUGCAUCUCUCAUCACUCACAAAACAUUCAACUGGAUGCUUUUGAAGAAACUGGAAUUCAUGCUUUAUGCCAUUUUUGGUAUAUUAGCUGCUAUGAGUUUUUUCAUUCCUCCAUUAUUUUUGGUUCCAUUUAGCUACAGCCUAAGGAUAGAUGAGUCUUGGACUGCAUCUCUGCGGUCCAUUUUGGCUAUCAUGGACUUCAUGGGCAGAGUAUUGUGUGGCUGGUAUGCUAACCUCCGCUUUACUAGGACAAUCCAUUUGCUGACAGUGACAGUUGUUCUGAUCAGCACGUCUUUGAUGUUAUUGCCGCUGGCUAACACUUACCUGUCUCUGGCAAUAUUCACUGGCUUUUAUGGCUUUUUCUUUGGUGCGACAGUGUCCAUCCACAUCACAGUGCUGGCAGAUGUCGUGGGCAUGUCAGAUUUUGACAGUGCCCUGGGGCUCUUCAUGCUUAUUAGAAGCACUGGAAGUUUUCUGGGGCCUCCUCUUGCUGGUUUGAUUGUGGACCUGGCAGAAGACUACAGUGCUCGCUUCUACAUGGCAGGAGCCACUCUCAUCCUAUCCACUGUAUUUUUGGUUGCUAUAGAUCAACGUCAGCAGAAGAAAGAGCAAGAGAACCAGACUGACACUAAAUCAAUGAAGCAAGUUCUGCUCUUCCCUUCCCUCCAUUUCCUGAGACUUAAGACUGGAAAGUGUCAAGAUCAAGCUAUGGGAGUGUGACCAUUGCAAUUCAUCUCUGAGAAAAUUUAGGGGCUUAUUUAAAUGUUUAGGUUGAAUACAUUCCAGAUUUUUUCCCCCAAGGCUACUGAAGUUGUGUUUACACAAUUCUUGCUGAUACUCUGUGUAGGGCUGUGUAAAAUUCAUAAAAAAAGUCACAAAUUGAAUGCAAAAAAUUCCCAAAUGUUCAUAUAUUUUAAUAUGAAAGUUGCA